AUGAGAGAUUCUGUGGAGAAACUGGAGAAAGUGAGGCUGCAAUAUCGUAAUGGAGAUUGUCGUACAAGUACAUCUCGUCGUUCUAUUACCACAGAUGUUAUCCCAAUCGCUAUUCGAUUAGCUAGAGGUGAAAGGAUCGCGCUUGCUCCUGCGGUUCUAGCGGGUAUAUACAGCGAUUUGGAUCGAAUCCGUGAUUUAGCAGUAGAGGAAUGUGAUAAAAAAAGUUAA